AUGGAUGCCAAGGAGCUCUCCAACUACCUGGCCGACUCGCCUCCGAGCGUCGUGCGCCUGGAGAUCGCCAAACACUUUGACGCCCUGACCGACAAGCAGAAGCGAUAUGCCCACUACAUCAGCAAGGCUUCUUUUGCUGGCCAGCGCAUCACCCUCAGACAGGUGUCCCCAGAAUCUGAGCCCAUUUUUGACUUUAUCCUCUCCCUGCACAAGAGCUGCAAUGGCGAUUGGAAGUCACUGGGACAGAAGGCCGGCGUCACUGAGGAAGACUUGACCUUCUUUUUACACUGGGCCGCUCAGUUCCUUGGGAACAGUGGUAAUUACAAGUCAUUCGGCGAUAAAAAGUUCAUUCCGAGAUGCAAGGAGAGCGAUGUCGACAAGCUGGCUGCCACGUCACCUGAGGCUGAGAAGUUCUAUAAGGCAACCAACGGUGGCAUUUUCUCAGCCAGUAGUCCGGGCUUGAUGCACUUGGGCUAUCCGGAUGAUGGUCAUCUGACCACCUACUACCCCGACUCCCCAGAUGUCACCAAGGCGGAAGUUGCUGCAGUCGCCGACUUCAUGGAGAAGAAGGGCCUUUUGCCGGAGAAUACCAGGCUGAGGAAGACCAAGGAUGGAGUCUUUGAAAUUCUCAUCGCAUCAGCCCAGACCAGCAUACCCGCGGAGGGAGGUGACAUCGGAAAGGAGACCGAUUUCAAGGUGGACGAUGGCGCCUUGGCUGGAAAGACUAUCAAGCUUGUUUACGGAGACCAUGCCAAGGAGAUGUCUAUCAUUGCGAAGAACAUCUCCAAAGCGGCCGAAAAUGCAGACAACGACAUACAGCAGAAGAUGCACCUCGAGUACGCCAAAUCCUUCGACACUGGUUCUCUGACGGCUUUCAAGGACAGCCAGCGGUACUGGAUCAGGGACAAGGGCCCCGAUGUGGAGACCAACAUCGGUUUCAUCGAGACAUACCGCGACCCAGCAGGCGUGCGUGGCGAAUGGGAAGGCUUUGCCGCUAUGGUCAACAAAGAGCGGACUCGUGCCUUCGGGGAGCUUGUCAGCUCGGCACCCAAAUUGAUCCCUCUUUUGCCUUGGAGUGCCGACUUCGAGAAGGACAAGUUCCUUGCUCCUGACUUCACAUCCCUGGAGGUUUUAUCUUUCGCAGGAUCGGGAAUACCAGCCGGUAUCAACAUUCCAAACUACGAUGAUAUCAGACAAUCGGAAGGAUUCAAGAAUGUCUCUCUCGGAAAUGUUCUUGGUGCCAAAGCCCCUAACGAGAAGGUGCCUUUCAUCCGAGAUGAGGACCUCGAGGUGUACCAGAAAUACCGCGACGCUGCUUUCGAGGUUCAGGUUGGUCUGCACGAGCUGACGGGUCACGGAUGUGGCAAGCUCCUCCAAGAGACGGCCCCUGGAGUCUUCAAUUUUGACAAAGAAAACCCACCUGUUAGCCCCCUCACCAACAAGCCAGUCACAUCCUGGUAUAAGCCCGGACAGACCUGGGGCUCUGUCUUCGGUGGUCUAGCUGGGGCCUACGAGGAAUGCCGAGCUGAGCUGGUUGCCAUGUACCUGAGCUGCGAAUUUCCCGUGCUCAAGAUCUUUGGGUUCGGCGAUGGGAGUGAGAAGAUGGACAGCGAGGCAGGCGAUCUUCUGUAUGCCUCGUACUUGUCUAUGGCGCGUGCUGGUUUGGCCUCGGUCGAGUUCUGGGAUCCCAAGAGCCAGAAAUGGGGACAACCCCACUGCCAGGCGCGUUUUGCUAUCUUGAAGAGCUUCUUGAACGCCGGUGAAGACUUUUGCAAACUGGAGUCCUCGGCCGAUGAUCUUUCAGACCUGAAGAUCAAGCUGAACCGAGACCUGAUCCUCACCAAGGGUCGCAAGGCCGUGGGAGACAUGUUGCAGAAGAUACACAUUUACAAGUCCACAGCCGAUGUCGAACACGGCGCAAAGUAUUUCGCCGAAGAAAUGUCCGCCGUCGGCCUCGACUACUGGGGCACCAAGGUCCGCCAGGUCGUCGUGGCCAACGCGCAGCCGCGCAAGGUCUUUGUCCAGGCCAACACGUACCUCGAUGAGGCGACGGGCAAGGUGGCCUGCAAGCAGUACGAGCCAACGCUGGAGGGUAUAAUCCAGAGUUGGGUCGAGCGCGAGGAGCAGCAAUAG